ACGCCCGGCCGAGCCGCGACCUCCGCGGGGGCGUGAGCGAGAGUCGGCCCGGGCCCGCGGCGGCGGGGCGCGGGGCUGCCCUCGGGGGCCGGGCCAUGGCCGGGCGGAGCUGCAGCUGGGGCCUGGGCCACCUGAACGAGGACAACGCGCGCUUCCUACUGCUCGCCGCGCUCAUCGUGCUCUACCUGCUGGGCGGCGCCGCCGUCUUCUCGGCGCUGGAGCUGGCGCACGAGCGACAGGCCAGGCAGCGCUGGGAGGAGCGGCUGGCCAACUUCAGCCGCGGCCACAAUCUGAGCCGCGACGAGCUGCGCGGCUUCCUCCGCCACUACGAGGAGGCCACCAGGGCCGGCAUCCGAGUGGACAACGUCCGCCCGCGCUGGGACUUCACCGGCGCCUUCUACUUCGUGGGCACCGUCGUGUCCACCAUAGGGUUUGGGAUGACGACCCCAGCGACAGUAGGAGGAAAAAUCUUUCUGAUUUUUUAUGGCCUCGUUGGGUGUUCAAGCACCAUCUUGUUCUUCAACCUCUUCCUGGAGCGCCUCAUCACUGUCAUCGCCUACAUCAUGAAAUCGUGCCACCAGAGGCAGCUGCGGCGACGCGGGGCCCCGCCCCCGGACGGCCCGAAGGGCCCCGGGAAGUGCGAGGUGGACAGCCUGGCCGGCUGGAAGCCCUCGGUGUACUAUGUCAUGCUCAUCCUGUGCACGGCCUCGGUCCUCAUCUCCUGCUGCGCCUCUGCCAUGUACACCCCGGUCGAGGGCUGGAGCUACUUUGACUCGCUCUACUUCUGUUUUGUAGCUUUCAGCACCAUCGGCUUCGGGGACCUGGUCAGCAGCCAGAACGCCCAUUACGAGCGUCAAGGCCUCUACCGUUUCGCCAACUUCGUCUUCAUCCUCAUGGGCGUCUGCUGCAUCUACUCCUUGUUCAACGUCAUCUCCAUCCUUAUCAAACAGUCGGUGAACUGGAUCCUGCGGAAGAUGGACUGCGGGUGCUGCCCGCGGUGCGGAAGGAGGGUCCUGCGAUCGCGGCGCAACGCGGUGACGCCGGGCACGGUGCGCGCGCGCUGCGACGUCUCCAUGGAAACGGACGCGGGGGCGGAGAGCGAGGCGGACGCGCGCCGCCUGUCGGGGGAGAUGAUCUCCAUCAAGGACUUCUUGGCGGCCAACAAGGUGUCGCUGGCCAUCCUGCAGAAGCAGCUGUCGGAAACAGCCAAUGGCUGCCCGCAUCAGACCAGCCCGCUGACCCGGGACGACGAGUUCUCGGGGGGCGUGGGAGCCUUCGCAAUCAUGAACAACAGGUUGGCAGAGACGAGCGGGGACAGGUAGAGGCAGGAGUGGAUACUGGGCAGGGGUCUGGGGAGAGUGAGGGACGACGACGAGCCGUUCCCCAAGGCCCCUCUGGGCCGCAUCCUGGAGCCGGCACAAGCCCAGCUUGGGAGCUGUGAUCUUGGCUCCACACAACAGACACCUGCCAGUGCUGGGGAACCGAAGCCUCGAUGCCUUUCGCCUUCUCUUUAUUCUUUCAGUCUGAGUUACAGUCUUUAAAAAAACCAAUCACAAAAGCAGCCUGAGACGUUGCGUCGUUUCUUUACUUUUCUCGUUUUCAGAGUUUUAGCUCCCUGGGGGGAUAGAGUUUACUUAAGCCUUGACUCCCUACUGCUGUGUUCUGCGUUUGGAGAGGAAAGUCCUGAAGACCCUAACUUUUCCCUGGAAUCUGAAGGGAUGAAUUCAAAACGGGGAAAAGUACUUGGGGGCGUGUCCGGGCUUUCUUUCCGGCUGGGCUUCCUUCCUUCAGAGCGGGUUUGUCCGUGGUGCCGUGGUAGGGAAGAUUUCUGUUCUGCUCUUUAUACCUGCUUCUGUCUUGUUUUCCCUUUCUUUUUAUUUCUAGGAUCUUAAUGCCUGGCUAAGGUGUCUGUGGGACUUCAGUGUGAUAAGAAAACUAAAUUCAGCUUCAGGCCUUUAAACUGCAGCAAGGCGGUGAGGGAAGGGGUGGGGGAAAGACUCACUUUUGUAACCAGAGAACAUAGCUUAACAUUUUCUCUUUGAAUGGUCACGUAGACCAUCUCGUUUAUACCAGGGCUUGGGGCCCAUUGCAAAGAUAAGACUAUUUAUUAAAACUGAAAAAUUAAUAAAUCCUCGUUUUAU